UUUUUUUUCUUCUUUUUUUCUUUUUUCUUUUUUUUCUUCUUUUUUUGAGAAUAGCAAAGUUACCUUACUCGGGGAGGAAUCAGGACCCCUCCCUCCCGCCUUGCCUUAAGGUACCUUUGCUCUAGCGAAGCGAUCAAAUUCCUACCUGCUAGUCUAUGUACAUGGCCAUCUCCAGCACCGUCUGCAUUUGGCUUGAUCUAGGCCCUGCAAUGCUUUGCUUUUUUACAAAGCACAGUAAACUAUUGUCUUCGGAAAUGUAUCCCACAAACGUGAUUCGUCACCUUCUGGUCUUGUCUCGAGUCCAAGUGAGUUGGCGGAUACAAUGGGCGUCCAUGUCUCAUCCAGCCCCGUACCGUGCCGACCAAGAGCAGAUGCCAAAUUGACAUAUCACUUUCCAUCGAGGGCCUCCAGACCAUUUGGGACACCGACAUUCCUUGGCACUGGAAGCCCUCUCGCGGCAAUGAUGAUCCGAGUAGAGCUUCUCGAAGUUGCCUAUUCUCAUGAGGUUAUCAUUCAGAGUCGUCCCGUCUGGGGCAUCGCUAACAUGUACAGUGGGGGUCAACACUCAUACAGCGCGGGGCAGACGUCGAUUUUAGGUCCGAUCCCUCUUACGUCACCGCGGACGAAUCCCCAGCUCCAGCGCUAAAAUGGCCCUGGCAUGAAAAAGCACGGGGCAUCUUGCUGGCCUUCUCCAGCACCCCCUGUCCAUGUAUCUCCGGCGCUAGCACACGACAGACACCCCCUUCACUCACACACACUCGCAAGCUGCGAGAUACGAAGCUUCAAACUGGACCGGACAGAUGGUGAGACGCUUGUCUAUAAGUCAAACCUACGGCAAGGGCUCGGUCAUUUCUACCAGCCUCAUCCCUCAACUCAGACUUGGUGCCGCCGUCCAUCCCUGAUUGGGCACUCUCUCCACGUCUAGGCCAGACUUGCCUAACCCAUCAUCGCAAUAUCAAACAAACCCCACGCCCCGGAUCCGAAACUUCACUCAUCCGCUAACACCGGCAAGCUGUGCAUGAGCUCAGAGAAAGGGUUAAAAGAGAGAAAAUGGAUAUGAUGCUAGGCCCCGAGCCUGGAACCAACACGGCCGACUUUGACGAAAAGCCCAUCAAGAUGGAGGACCCCAUCGACGAGAAACCCCCCGAUCCCAAAGACGAAGCCGCCGAGCAAAAGAAAAAAGAUAUCCUAAAAGCAUGCAAGACAAGGGACUUUGCCGCCCUCAGAACCCUUGCCGCCUCACCAGGAGGAUUUCUAACAGACACCAUCCGCCAACAAGCGUGGCCAUUACUGCUGGGCAUCCCACCACCAUCAGACACCAAACCAGAAGAAGAAGAAGAAGAAGAAGAAGAAGAAGAAGAAGAAGAAGAAAAAGAAGUCUGGAAAUCCCUCCCCCCUCACAAAGACGAAUCCCAGGUCCAGCUCGACGUCAACAGAGCCUUUGUCUACUACCCCAACGACCAAAACGACACCCAGCUCUCCCACAGCAAAACCCUCCUCUCCACCCUCAUCAUCCGCACCCUCCGCCACCACCCGUACCUAUCCUACUUUCAAGGCUACCACGACAUAUGCCAAGUCUUGCUGCUGACCCUCCCCCCGGCCCUCCAACCAGCCGCCCUGGCCCACUUGUCACUUUUGCGCAUCAGGGAUUUUAUGCUACCGAACCUCCACCCUGCCAUAGCGCAACUGCGACUCCUCCCCGAUAUCCUGAGAUCGUCCGACCCGGAACUAUGGCAACAUCUGUCAUCGACAGAACCUUUUUUUGCGCUGUCGGGGACGUUGACGAUGUACGCGCAUGACAUUACUAGUCUGGGGGAGAUCACCAGGCUGUUUGAUGUGUUGCUGGCGAGGGAUCCGGUUUUCUCAUUGUAUUUGUUUGCGGCUAUUGUUCGCUCCCGCAGAGGGGAACUGCUUCAUAUACCGGAGGAUGAACCGGAGAUGUUGCAUUCGGUGCUGUCGAAGCUGCCGCAGCCGUUGGAUUUGGAGGGGUUGAUAUCGCAGGCGGUGGAGCUGGAACGAGAAUACCCGCCGGAGGGGUUGAAGGGUUGGGGGAGGGGGAUUAGUAGGUGGUCGGUUCUGAAGACGGGGAGGGGGAGGGGGUUUAUAGGCAAGGGUUGGAGGAGGGGAGGGAGGCGUUUGAGAAGCAGGUUAGGGAGCUCGAGUGGAGGGAGAGGGUGA